AGAGCCCAGGAUAUUGCAGAGCGCACUGGAGCCCUGGCCAGCGCGCAGCCUUCCCCGGCGCCGGCAAGCUGAGUCUUAGGAAUUCUGGUUCGCUUUGGCUCACUGGCUCUUACAAACUACUGGAUCCUACAUGCCUCUUUGGCCCCUAACUUCCACUCCAUGUCCCUAUGCUCCCGCGCCAGCAACAGGACCUGUUCUCUGGAUGUCAGCUGAGUUACUAAGGGUUUUGCAAAAACUCAGACUGUUUUCCAAAGCAGAAGCACUGGAGUCCACAGCAGAAGCGAUGGGCAGUGUGCGGACCAACCGCUAUAGCAUCGUGUCUUCAGAAGAAGACGGCAUGAAGCUGGCCACCAUGGCGGUUGCAAACGGCUUUGGGAAUGGGAAGAGCAAAGUCCACACCCGACAACAGUGCAGGAGCCGCUUUGUGAAGAAAGACGGGCACUGUAACGUUCAGUUCAUCAACGUGGGUGAGAAGGGACAACGGUACCUUGCUGACAUCUUUACCACGUGCGUGGACAUUCGCUGGCGGUGGAUGCUGGUUAUCUUCUGCCUGGCUUUCGUGCUCUCAUGGCUAUUUUUUGGCUGCGCAUUUUGGUUGAUAGCUCUGCUCCAUGGGGAUCUGGAUGCACCGAAGGAGAGCAAAGCUUGUGUGUCUGAGGUCAAGAGUUUCACGGCCGCCUUCCUCUUCUCCAUUGAGACCCAGACCACCAUAGGCUAUGGUUUCAGGUGCGUCACAGACGAGUGCCCAAUCGCCGUUUUCAUGGUGGUGUUCCAGUCCAUCGUGGGCUGCAUCAUCGACGCCUUUAUCAUUGGCGCAGUCAUGGCAAAGAUGGCAAAACCGAAGAAGAGAAAUGAGACUCUUGUCUUCAGUCAUAACGCCGUGAUCGCCAUGAGAGACGGCAAGCUCUGUUUGAUGUGGCGAGUGGGCAAUCUUCGGAAAAGUCACCUGGUGGAAGCUCAUGUUCGAGCGCAGCUCCUCAAAUCUAGAAUUACUUCAGAAGGGGAGUACAUCCCCCUGGAUCAAAUAGACAUCAAUGUUGGCUUUGACAGUGGAAUUGAUCGUAUAUUUCUGGUGUCCCCAAUCACUAUAGUCCAUGAAAUCGACGAAGAGAGCCCUUUGUAUGACUUGAGUAAACAGGACAUUGACAACGCAGACUUUGAAAUUGUCGUGAUACUGGAAGGCAUGGUAGAAGCCACGGCCAUGACCACACAGUGCCGUAGCUCCUACCUGGCAAAUGAAAUCCUUUGGGGCCACCGCUAUGAGCCCGUCCUCUUUGAAGAGAAGCAUUACUACAAAGUGGACUAUUCAAGGUUCCACAAGACUUACGAAGUACCCAACACACCCCUUUGCAGCGCCAGAGACUUAGCAGAGAAGAAAUAUAUCCUCUCAAAUGCAAAUUCAUUUUGCUAUGAAAAUGAAGUUGCCCUCACAAGCAAAGAGGAAGACGACAGUGACAAUGGUGUUCCAGAAAGCACAAGUACAGACACACCCCCUGACAUUGACCUUCACAACCAGGCAAGCGUACCUCUAGAGCCGAGGCCCUUACGGCGAGAAUCCGAGAUAUGACUUAACUGAUUCCUUCUCUGGAAUAGUUACGUUAAAACACAGUCUGUUGGUGAAAGGCCCAAAACAGUGAUUCAGACGACGGUACUGGCGAAGAGGUGGGUCAAGGCAAGUGGCCACCAGGGACUGAGGCGAGCACGAGGGUUUCAGAGAAAGACUCUAAGCUCAAAGAUUAACAGAAAGCACUAAACAUGCCUCCCCAUGACCCGAUGGCACAUAUACAUGUUGUAGAAUAAGUUAUGGGGGCUUUAUGUUUUGUUUUGUGUUUUUACAAGACUUGAACUUGCAGGCAAGCCUUGAUUGGGUAUUCGACUUAUCCAGAAUGCUUCUCUUUAGGGAACAAGGAUGUUUUUAAUGGCAUAACAAAGGCAAGACUCUGCCUUAAUCUUGAAAAGCUGCUAAAAACUACAUGAACACAAACUAUAUUUUUGUUGCAGUGUAGUUUUUCUUUAGUGUAAUUUAAAAGUCAGUAUUGAACUUUGUUGAAAGCUCAUGAUAUGUGCUUCAAAGUGGCAAGUAUUUGGCUGUUAGCUGCCAAAAUGAGAGCCUGAUUUUUCGAGGCCAGUAAUUUGUUUGCUAGAAUUGAUUCUCUCUCUCUUUCUCUUUCUCUCUCUCUCUCUCUCUCUCUCUGUUACAUAAUGGCAUUAUGUAAUGCUAGCCAAAUGGUAGCCUCUGGGUUGGGGUUUUUUUUCCUUCAUGAUGUUAAUGGAUUAUCUCAAAUUUUAAGUCAGACUACCUAAAAUAAAUACCAAAGAUAAUGCACAUUUUUGCACAGUGAAGCUUAUACUAAAAAAGGAAGAAAAGCUUCCUUGAAAUCAAGAGACAAUGACUUUGAACCUCAGUAAGACCUGAACUGCCCUCUAGAAAAUAGGACAUUGUACACAGAGUCUAGUGCUUUUUAAAUUUUGUUCUUUCAUGUAACUUUUGUAUUAAAAGAGGAAGAAGAAAGGGGAAGUGAAAUUCACACACACACACACACACACACACACGCAUGCACACACACUACAAACAUCCUUUCUCUCGUGCCAGGUAGAGCUGGUGAGGCUAACACAUAAGGUGAGAGUUGGUGACAUGUAAUUAGAUUUUUCUGGGUUUUUACCCUUUUUGCACAUUCCAAAAUUUAUUCCAUAAGACCUUGGCUGAAUUUAGCUGUCAUCCUCAAAACUGAGCCAUCCACCAUGGAAGGUAAAUUGGUUUAAGCCCUUGUGGUUGAAUUUAUUUCCCUGACUCCCAGGACAUUUCCAGAUGGACUUUGCCUUAGACAAGAUGCCACGCUGGCUCUCUGGGCUGGUUUUUCUGAUCAGUCUGUCUGGAGAAAUGCCAAAGUUGGGGAGGUGGCGAGAUGCAGACAAGCCUCUUUGGAUGUAAUACAUCCGCUCAAGUAUUCGGGAGGGAGAGGAAAAUUUAUCUUAAUGGUAGAGGGUAGGAAUGAAAAUGUCUCAGUAUUUUGGGGUCAACAAGAGCCAUGCAAAACAUCACACAACCAUGAGGAAAGGAGGUAAUGGUCUAUAAGAGUUAUUUCUCCUUUCUGUAUGCCCACUCGUGAUUGAAACUGAGCUGAUCCUUGUCCCCUGUGGACUCCUAGAGUGGGUGAUUAUGGACACUGUUUUCCAGAAUCCUAUCCUGCUUGGCUACCUGACUUGCUAAAAACAAUUUUUCCCCCACUCUAGCUUAAUAAUGGAACUCUUUUCUUGGUCUGAAAUACCCUAUCUGUGAAUUCUGAGGUUACUAACUUUUCUUUUUAAUUGGAGUCUCAAAACCAACUUUCUUAUGGUAUUAUGUCCCUGUAUGCCAUUAAAAAACAGCUUGUUCUAGAAUCCUGUAUUUUGUGAAUCGAUGUUUGUGAGUCUCUGGGUCCUGAGCAGCCAUAUUCGAAUGCAGUGCCUGCACUAAGGUCACAGCACCGGCUGUCGUCAGCCUUCCAAGUCCUUGGGUUUGAAAACUGGCGUUAAUUUUCAUGGAAACCAAGACAGAGGGUGUCAAGCAAGUGGAUGCUGUCUGAAAUCCAAACUGAAAGGCAGGUUUGGGAAGUUGUUCGGAGAGUUGGAGGGACUGGGAUUGAGUGAACGAAUCGACCCAAGAGGCGGCAGUUUGGCCGUAGACAGUGAGAGGGUACCGAGGGCUUCAGCUGCUGCUAUCUGAUAUUUUGCAAAGGAAAAUAAUCAAACCAAAGAGUAUUCCGUGAUAUGUAAAUUAAAUGAAGAUAGAGUGGAAAGCGGGGGCGACCGCAGAGAUGGCCCCUCCCAGACACAGUGCUGCCACUCGAAAAGACUAGAGAUAUUUGAAGAGG